AUGCACUGUCCUCGCAGGAGGAGAUCAGGGUUCGAGCAGGAAGCGACGGACGUCGAUUACCUCGACGUGGUCAUGUGCUGGAAAGGCAUAUCAACUGCCCAAGCUGUCGAGCUCACGAUAUGGGAGCGCGUCUUUGAGCAAUGUCUGGUCCCACAAUUCGAGAGUCACAUGAGGCGAAACAUUGUUGCUGAACUUGGCGCAUUACGAGCCUACGUCGACGCUGGAUCACCUACUGUGCAUGCUUCUAUGCUGACCAACGUUGCAGAUCAUAUUGCCGAGGACGAGCUCUGGCCUUGCUUGAAACAGAUCAUGCCCGCCAAGCACAAGCGUCUUGUUCCAAUUGAUCUUCCUAAACUCAUCCACAACAUGAUCGACGCUUUCUACGAUGAUUUUCGGGCCGUCCCUACAAAUACCAGAUGGUCGUUCAGGUCUGGCGACCUACCAAACUUCGUGUAUAAUUACAUCAUGACGCAGGAUUACCUGCUCCGCUUCUCAGACGGGCUAUACAUAUCGGUCGAUGUCGAUAUUGCCUGGGAAACAAUGCCUGUGCUCAUGAUCUACGCCGCGGUCGUCUCGCAGCCACCCAAUAUCAAGCUCUGGCGUAUGCCCUUUGGCCCGAAAGACCGGAACGCCUUUGUUCUCUACUUUGAACGCAUCUUUAGCGAAUCAGGAUCUUCAAGCUACGAACACUUCCCCGAGGAUGUUGUCUGCGAAGUGAAGAGAUACAAAACGAAGGUACAAUACCCAUGA